ACCCUUCCACCUAAAUUUCUAAGUAUUUUCUACCAAGAAAAGAAAAAAUUUUCCCUUCAAUCAUGAGAGCAGGGCUUUGCGCUGUGCCUCAGGCUCUAACCGCAGAGGCUGGUGGCAUUGUGAAGCAAGCUGUGAGUCUCGCCAGGCGGCGAGGCCACGCUCAAGUCACGCCUCUUCAUGUUGCUAGCGCGAUGCUCGCUUCUCCUGCUGGUCUUCUUCGAAAAGCGUGUCUACAAUCUCACUCUCACCCUCUUCAGUGCAAGGCAUUAGAGCUUUGCUUUAAUGUUGCACUCAAUCGCCUCCCCGCCUCGACUUCCAGCCCUCUUUUGGGUCCUCACUCUCCUCGCCCUUCGCUUUCCAACGCCCUUGUGGCCGCCUUCAAGCGCGCACAGGCUCACCAGCGCCGGGGCUCUAUCGAGAACCAGCAACAACCAAUUUUAGCUUUGAAAAUUGAGAUAGAACAGCUCAUUAUCUCCAUUUUAGACGAUCCAAGUGUCAGUAGAGUCAUGAGAGAAGCUGGUUUUUCCAGCAGUCAAGUCAAAACCAAGGUAGAAGAAGAUGUUUCUUUAGAUAUUUGUUCUCCAAGUCCACCAGUCAGUAGCCUGCAGUCUAAGGAAAACACUAAACUUCCUCAAAUUCUUGGUCCUAGCGUGUCUCAAUCCUUAUCUUUUUCUCAGUUUGGAGUCAUGAAAACCAUCAAAACUCUUCCGGAUGAAGCUAGAAAUGAUGAUGUGAUGAGUGUUUUGUACACAUUAGUUAACAAAAAAAGAAAUACUCUGAUUGUGGGGGGUUGUUUAGCUACUACCGAGGGAAUAAUUAGAGGGAUUGUUGAGAAAUUUGAGAGAGGACAAGUUCCUGGGGAUUUGAGAUAUGCACAGUUUAUUAGUCUUCCAGUUUUCUCUUUGAGGAAUUCCUCNAAAAAAGAAAGAAAAAGAAAAAUUUCUAAGUAUUUUCUACCAAGAAAAGAAAAAAUUUUCCCUUCAAUCAUGAGAGCAGGGCUUUGCGCUGUGCCUCAGGCUCUAACCGCAGAGGCUGGUGGCAUUGUGAAGCAAGCUGUGAGUCUCGCCAGGCGGCGAGGCCACGCUCAAGUCACGCCUCUUCAUGUUGCUAGCGCGAUGCUCGCUUCUCCUGCUGGUCUUCUUCGAAAAGCGUGUCUACAAUCUCACUCUCACCCUCUUCAGUGCAAGGCAUUAGAGCUUUGCUUUAAUGUUGCACUCAAUCGCCUCCCCGCCUCGACUUCCAGCCCUCUUUUGGGUCCUCACUCUCCUCGCCCUUCGCUUUCCAACGCCCUUGUGGCCGCCUUCAAGCGCGCACAGGCUCACCAGCGCCGGGGCUCUAUCGAGAACCAGCAACAACCAAUUUUAGCUUUGAAAAUUGAGAUAGAACAGCUCAUUAUCUCCAUUUUAGACGAUCCAAGUGUCAGUAGAGUCAUGAGAGAAGCUGGUUUUUCCAGCAGUCAAGUCAAAACCAAGGUAGAAGAAGAUGUUUCUUUAGAUAUUUGUUCUCCAAGUCCACCAGUCAGUAGCCUGCAGUCUAAGGAAAACACUAAACUUCCUCAAAUUCUUGGUCCUAGCAUGUCUCAAUCCUUAUCUUUUUCUCAGUUUGGAGUCAUGAAAACCAUCAAAACUCUUCCGGAUGAAGCUAGAAAUGAUGAUGUGAUGAGUGUUUUGUACACAUUAGUUAACAAAAAAAGAAAAACUCUGAUUGUGGGGGGUUGUUUAGCUACUAGCGAGGGAAUAAUUAGAGGGAUUGUUGAGAAAUUUGAGAGAGGGCAAGUUCCUGGGGACUUGAGAUAUGCACAGUUUAUUAGUCUUCCAGUUUUCUCUUUGAGGAAUUCCUCAAAGGAAGAGGUGGAACAGAAGCUGGUGGAGCUUAGGUGUCUUGUGAAAAGCUAUAUAGGUAGAGGGGUUGUUUUGUAUUUAGGUGAUCUCAAAUGGGUGGCUGAGUUUUGGUCAACUUAUGGUGAACAAAGAAGAAACUGCUAUUCUUCUGUGGAGUUCAUAAUCAUGGAGCUCAAAAGAUUGGCGUGUGAAACCAGAGAAAGUGAAAGAGUUUGGCUUUUGGGGAUAGCAACUUUUCAGACUUACAUGAGAUGCAAAACAGGCCAUCCUUCUCUUGAAACCAUGUGGGAAUUUCAUCCUUUAACUAUUCCUGGUGGAAGCUUGAGUUUAAGCCUCAACCUUGAAAGUGAUUCGCCAAGAACAAAAGCACAGAGAGAUGGAUUUGCUUGGCCACUUUUUGAAGGUGGAGUUGAUAAUCAUUUCUAUUCAGGUUGCUCGCUCAGUUUCAACAGGGAAGCUCAAAAGAAAGACUCCGGCAACACCAUCACUGUUGCCACUAACUCAACCUUGCCUUCAUGGCUCCGGCAAUACAAAGAAGAAAGCAGAAAAAACGCCAUUACUGAUCAGGAAUGUGUCGAUAGUCCAGUCCAGAAACGCGCCAAGUAUCCUGAGAAAGUCCUUGACUUUUCUUCCUCAUCGCCUUCCUCCGUUUCAAUCUCUUCGUGGCCACUCAUUUCGGAGCCCAAACGGGUACCGAAAGAGCACCAGUUCUGGGUAUCCGAAACCAGUGAAGAAGCGUACGAAAGUAGCUUGAGAAACCACCCCAAACCAGACCUUUUAUCCAAUCCCAACUCCAGCCCAAACUCAGCUUCUUCAAGCGAGCUUGCAGUAGAGGAAGACAACGAUGGCCUCAACAGGUUCAAGGUUCUCAACGACGAGAACUUGAAGAUCCUUUGUGACGCAUUGGAGAGAAAAGUUCCAUGGCAGAUAGAAAUAGUUCAAGAAAUUGCAACUACCAUUCUUCAAUGCAGGUCGAAACAAAACAACUCGAAAGAGUGCUGCAGAGAGGGUAAAGAAGACACUUGGUUGUUGUUUUCAGGAGCUGAUUCUCAGGCCAAAGAAAAGGUCGCCAGGGAGAUAGCUAAAGUUGUUUUCGGCUCUCAAAAUAACUUCACUUCAAUCGGGCUGAGAAAUUUCUCCUCUUCCAGGACAAACCAAAGGGCGAGAGAUGAUGGUGGCACGUAUUUGGAGAGAUUUGGGUUGGCGUUGAAUGAGAAUCCAUCGCGUAUUCUUCAUGGAGAUAUCGAACAAGUAGAUGAUUUCUCUCAAAAGGGUCUUAAGCAAGCAAUUGAAAGCGGGAACAUAAUUCUUCCUGGUUGUGAAAUCGUUCCAUUGAAAGACUCCAAUCGUUUUCAGUUGCGAUAACUUGAAGAUCAUGAGUACUUCAGUGUCGAAAGCAAGUUCCUCUCCAAGUAAAAAGCCAAAGGAUGAUCACCAAAUUAUGAGGACAGUGAUAAUAAUAAGUUGAAGGAGAAAAUCUCAAGUGUCUCACUGGACUUAAACAUUGCCAUUAACGUCGAAGAUCAUGAUCACACUAUGAAGAAACUGGUGACUAGUUAGACUUCUGAGUCUCUGAUAGACUAAUCGUUUCAAAAUUCAAGAAUUGUGAUAGGGAGAUCGACCAGCUCAUGACAUGAACUGCUUCAUCAUUUUCCAUGGUCUUUUUUUUUUUUUUUUUUUUUUUUUGUGGGGAUUUUUUGUUUUUGGAUUAGAACAGUAGAAGUGUGGGGGAGGGGGUAAAGGAAUUAAUGCAAAACUAACAGGGGGCGGAAAAAAAUUUGGUAUACUUUAAAAAAAAAAAAAUGCAUGAUUCAUGGUGGGGGGUUACAGUAAAUUUAGGUUUUUAGAUGGAUGUUCAGCAAUGUGUAUAUUUAAUCAGUGUAAUCUUUGAUGUUGCUGUUGCAUUUGUAAUA